AUGUGCCUUUUAUGCAACAAAGUUUUGGGCAAUGACGCUAUGAAACCAUCUAAACUGCAAGAUCAUCUGAGAAGAUGCCACCCUGAUAAAACAGAGAAAGAUUUGAAAUACUUUCAAACACUCAAAGAUAAAUUUCAGAAGAGACCUACGCUUCGACGUCACAAAGAAAUGAUGAUGGUUUGCGGGCGUCUUACAAUAUAUCCAAAAUCCGGAAAACCGCAUACUAUCGGAGAGAAGUUAAUUUUGCCAGCCGUUGAAGAGGUUUUAAAAACUGUUUUACACAAACCUGCAUCUGAUAUCAUUAAAAGAAUUCCCUUAAGCAACAAUACUGCUGAAAGACGUAUUGAUGAAAUGAGUUCUGAUAUUGAAAGCUUCUUACGUAAUUAUUUGCAAACGACCCAUUUCUCUAUACAACUGGACGAGUCAACUUUACCUGAUAAUGCAGCAUUAUUAUUGGCAUAUGUUCGUUUUAUUAUGAAUCAAGAAAUCUACGAAGAACUGCUCUUCGCAAGAACUUUGAUAACCGACACUAAAGUAGCUACAGAUGGAGCACCUGCCAUGGUUGGGCGUUAUCGUGGAUUUAUAAGCUAUUUAAAACAAAAUUUGUCAGGGGUAUUAGCAAUACAUUGCGUCAUCCAUCGACAACAUUUAGUUGCUAAAAAUUUGAGUGUUAGAUUGCAUGAAUCACUUCAUUUAGUCAUUGAUGCAGUAAACCGAAUCCGAAGCAACGCGUUGAAUACGCGGUUAUUUGCGCAGUUGUGUGAAGAAAAUGACGAACACUUUCAUCAAUUACUCCUUCACACUGAAGUACGCUGGCUGUCGAAAGGCUUAUGUUUGACAAAAUUUUUUGCACUUUUUGAUACUAUUUUAGAAUUUCUGGAUACUAAAGAUGAAAUUUUAAAAGAAAAUUUAAUGAAGAGGAAAACAGAUUUGUUUACAAAAUUUAAUAUGGUUAAUUUGCAAUUACAAGGCGACAGUUUAAAUUUGAUUAAAACAAAGUCCAUCUUAUCAGCGUUUCUUGCCAGAGUUAAACUAAUGAAGCAAAAUAUUGGUCGGGGCGAAUUUUCUCAGUUCCCCAAUUUGUCACAGACAAGCUGCCAGGAAGACGACGUUUCAACUUACGUUCAACAUUUAAAUGCCAUCUAUUCAGAUUUUGAAUCUAGGUUUGAGGAUAUUUUGACUAUGGUAAUACCACCGUGGAUAAUUAAUCCAUAUGGUGCCAUAGAAGAAACGAAUGUCAUAAUACAAGAGGAAGUGACUGAACUAAGUACAAACGAAGAACUUCAGUUUAAAAACGGAUAUCAGCAAUUCUGGCUGCAAAACAACAUACCCGUUACUUAUCCCGUAUUAUGGAAUAUAGCGAGGAAAUUUUUAAUUUCCUUUCCAUCGUCAUACCUAGUGGAAAGUGGGUUCAGCGCUGUUACCAAUCUCCUAACGAAAAAAAGAAACAGACUGGACAUCAUUAGCCGAGGAGAUUUAAGAUUAACCCUUACAAAAUUGACGCCAAAUGUUGAUAAUUUAUUAUUAAAGCAUCAGGUUCAUCCUUCUCACUAA